UACACCUGACACAGACGGGGAAGACAGCUGUUCCAGUAUGUUCUGUACGAUGUAUUCACUCCAAUCACGACAGUUUCAAGUAUUCUGAGGUCCAGCUUGAGCAUUCCAAGGUCCUGAAGCCCAAGCCUGACCCAAACAACCUCCUCUUCGGUCACAACAUGAGUGACCACAUGCUGACUGUUCCCUGGACCGAGAGGGACGGCUGGAGUACCCCUCGCAUCACCCCACUCAAGAACCUCUCGCUCCAUCCGGCGUGCUCUGUCUUUCACUAUGCAAUCUGUCUUUUUGAAGGGAUGAAGGCUUAUAAGGGAGAGGAUGGCAAGAUCCGUUUCUUCAGACCGUACGAGAACAUGGAACGAAUGAACAACAGUGCAGAACGAGCUGCCUUGCCGAGAUUCAGUGGUGAGGAAAUGAUCCGAUGUAUGGCAAGGCUUGUUCACACAGACAGGGACUGGGUUCCAGAUAGUAGGACCAGUUCCCUUUACAUGAGGCCCACAUUUAUUGGAACUGAGCCGACACUUGGUGUAACCUACCCCAAGCAUGCUCUCCUCUACUGCAUUGUGGGACCGGUCGGACCUUACUUUGAGACGGGUACAUUCAGCCCUGUGACGCUCUAUGCCGAUACCAUGCAUAUCAGGGCGUGGCACGGAGGCGUCGGCUACGCCAAGAUGGGAAGUAACUAUGCUCCAACCAUCAAACCUCAACACGACGCCGAGGCCAAGGGCUGUCAGCAGAUCCUGUGGCUCUACGGCGACGAACACUACCUCACCGAAGUGGGCACCAUGAACAUCUUCCUCUACUGGUAUAACGACGCAGGAGAGAAGGAGCUGAUCACCCCUCCCCUCGAUGGUACCAUCCUACCGGGGGUCACCAGGCGGAGCUUGCUGGAUCUUGCCAGGGAAUGGAAUGAAUUCAAGGUGACAGAGCGCAGGGUUGAUAUGGAAGAAUUUCAGAAGGCACUCUCUGAGAAAAGGAUAAUUGAAUUCUUUGGUGCUGGUACAGCUUGCGUAGUUUGUCCGAUCGGGAAGAUCUUAUUCAAGGGUGAUAUGAUGGACAUCCCAACCAUGGACAAUGGGGCGGAGCUCUGCAAGAGAUUCUAUAAUACGCUCAUGGAUAUUCAGUAUGGAAGGGUCAGUCAUCCGUGGGCCGUGGAGAUCGACGAACUCAUCGACCUCGAGCUCAGCGACGAGGAAACGAUUAGCAGCUCGGCCAACUGAACAUUACCUGUCUUCACCCACAGAGUUCAUUGACCUGCAAGGUCAAAGGUCAAAUUUCAUCAAGAGGAGGUCAUGCCCUUGCCAGAGAUGACCGUUGUAUAUUAACCGAUUUCACCCCUCCUCCAACACCUUGUUAUCUAAAGUGCUUCACGUUCAGUCAGUGUGUUCACAUGUACGGAAAACUGCUGAAGCAUGAAAUGCCCCCAGCAGUGAACUCCAGUGGUAUUUGUACCACGUAUGAACGCUCCUUCGAAGAUUGCCUGAUGUAUCAUAAUAUUGGCUUGGUUGUGCAAUCUCAUAAUAUAUUCAUUUUUAUCUUCCCUCCUUGUAUUCAUGAUUCUUAUUUGUUUUUAUUGGUAACAUGGUCGACUCGUCCAGCUUUUUAGCCGGGCUACUCGAACCAGCUGAUUUCAUUUUUAAGUCAUAUCUUACUUUCCAUUGUGGUUCUGUGAUAUUUCUCUUAUCCAUGUUAUGUAUUUUAUGAAUCAUCUGUUUGUCGGUUGAAAUUGGUAAUAUUGUUUAAAGUUGUGCUGUCAGAGCAAUGAAACAGUAAUAUAAAUAUUUGUUUGUCCCUGUUCACACUAACCUUUCUAUUUAGUACUCUGGUUAUCUUCCGUUUAGUCUGUAUGCAUUAUCCAAAUCCAAGUAAAGUAUAUGAGUAAUAAAUUUGGGUGUGAAAGGAGGGUUGGAUUGAAAUGGUCAUAUGGAUGCCCCUUUCGCACUGAACUAAUUAAUUCGUUUCCAGAUAGUAUUAAUGUGGCAGGGGAGGUAGCAUAUACUGCAUGGGUGGUGUAUCGUAUGCUUACCAUUAUUUUUAGACCAACUUUUGUAUCUUGUGGUUCACGCUUUUAAUAGGCUUCAUUUUCUCGUCGUAUUUGGGGAAAAUAUUAUGGUUAAGUGAAUGUCGGCAGAAAUAAGGUGAAAUGGUUGGAUCAUCAGGAGGGCGAAUGAAGUAUUGAAAACUUGUGUGCAUUUCCGCAGUGCGAAAGAGGUUGUAUUAGUGUCGGAGAAAUAGUAUUUUGUACAUAAAACCUGAAAUAGCAAUAAUGUAUUACGUAAAACACCCGGGGGCUGUUUCACAAAGCUGUUCGUAAGUUAAGAGCGACUUUAAGAAUGACUGUUGAACCUUUCUUACACGCUAAACCAUCACCAAUGAACAUUUUGGUGUAUACCGUUUACCAUAAGAAAUGAUCCCCAGUCGUUGUUAAGUCGCUCUUAACUCAAGAACAACUUUAUCUUUAUGAAAUACCCACCCAUGCCCUGUAUCAUAAAGCAUAACAAUUGAUUGUAGGGCUGAAUUUGUUGAUUGAUCAUACACAAUUGGGAAUGCAAUCAAUCCUUGAAAUCGGCCUUAUGAUCAAACGCGAAGCUUUAUGUUACCGAGCCCUGGGCCCCAUCUUACAAAGAGUUCCAAUGGAUCCGAUCAAUCGCAAAUAUGGAAGGCCAGCAGCAUCAACAUCUAAAAUACAUGUUUGUUCAAAAAAAUUUCUAGAUAUGAAUGUAUAUCCAUAAAUUCAUUGAUUUCUUGACAAUUUGGUGUGUUCUCCUUUGUUUACAAAGGACAUUUUGCACAUUUCCUGUAUAAAAAAUUAUGACACUGAUGGAUUUCCAUGGAGUUACGAUUGAAUGGAUUUGAAUGGAUCAAUCGUAACUCUUUGUAAGACCGUGCCCUGAUGUUCUCUUUGUGAAAUUCAAUGCUUCCUGUUUCUUUUAUUUUCAUUAUGAGUUUUUCAUUCAUCUUUUAUGAAGGCUUUAAAGGGAUGGUUAAUCCACUCGGGGAGUGUUUCACAAAAUCGACCUCUGUUACAAGCUACUCAAAUCGGUGCAUCUGAUUGGCAGAGAGAGACUUGGCAGUGAAAAUUUUGUGGAAUGCUCCCUUGGUUCUGAAGAUGGUCUUGAAAGAAAGAGAAUAGUGACGAAAACAGUUCUGCAUGAAUUAUAAAUUUUUAAAAAUCAAGUGAUAACUUGUUAAAGUUAAAAGCAAUAAAUUUGUCUUCUGCAAACUCUUGUGUCAUAAUCAAUUAUAUAAGCAUCCCUUCAAUUUCCUCAAAGCUAGAGGGUUUAUUUCUGUUUUUUAAUUCUUUCUGAAUUUGACUCUGAUGCAUAUUCUGCAGAUCUCUGCGUAGAAGAAAAAAAUUAAUGAUCAAUGAUUAAUACUACUUUCUUAUCACCAUUUUCUCAGAAUUUUACUGACCUGCAUGUCCAAUUCGCCUCUUCUUUUGAAGCAUUUUCAUUUAAGAUGGACUGUCCCUUUAAACCUCUUCAUCGUUUUAAUCUGUUAUUUGCAAGUUGUAUUAUACAUUAAUGUUGUACAUUUCAUUCUCCAUUGAACUCACUGUAAAGCCAUCGCGCAAAUGAUUUGUUAUGCAUGUUGUUUUGUUUUUGCUCUGUUGUUUUUAGCAUCUGUAGAAGAAAGGUGCAUGAAUUAUGAAUAUUCUGAAAAAAGUUAAAAACAAUGGUGUUCUUGCCAUCUUAUGUUUCAAAACAAUUUUUAUUUAACUGAAUAUUUUUAUUUUCAAUUCUAGUCUUUAAUUUUUUUUCAUAUUUUCAUGAUCUGUUUCAAAGAUUAGGAAUAAUUUUAUUUUACGAAAGACGAUGAAAACCGUAUAAAUUAUAAGUGUCAUUGAAAGAGCUUGAAUCCACUUGGUCUACUAGCAGAUGGUCUUAUUCUCAGAUGAUCUAACAACAUCAUGGCUAAACCCACUUGGUCUACUAGCAGAUGGUCUUAUUCUCAGAUCAUCUAACAACAUCAUGGCUAAACCCACUUGGUCUACUAGCAGAUGGUCUUAUUCUCAGAUGAUCUAACAACAUCAUGGCUAAACCUACUUGGUCUACGCGCAGAUGGUCUUAUUCUCAGAUCAUCUAACACCACCAUGGCUAAGCCCACUUGGUCUACUAGCAGAUGGUCUAAUUCGCAGAUCGUCCAGCACCAUCAUGGCUAAACCCACUUGGUCUAUUAGCAGAUGGUCUAAUUCUCAGAUCAUCUAACACCUUCAUGGCUAAUCCUACUUGGUCUACUAGUAGUUGGUCUAACUCUCAGACCAUCUAACGCCAUCAUGGCUAAACCCACUUGGUCUAUUAGCAGAUGGUCUAAUUACUACUUGGUCUAAUUACUACUUGGUCUAACCAUCACUUAGUCUAAAUGUCAUUUAGUAUCCUGUCUCCUUUGAAGUCUUUUGUUUUUCUUUAUGUGGAUGUGUAAACAAAAGUUGUACAUGGAAGUGUGGAAGCACAUGUUGCUGUUUAUGUGAAAAUAAAAUUCUAUAUAUAUAUAGGUGCAUUUAUUUUACAUAUCACUACUUGCGUUCUGAAAUACGGUCUGAGAUUGACUUACUAAAGGCGACCGCACACCUUGCUAAUAUUGAGACUUGGAAUAUCUUACUGUGUAAUGUUCGAAAUCUUUGUAUGAAUACCUUUAUUCAAAUCUGUGACUAUGCUAUCAUCCUUAGAAUAAAAGCAAAUUUUUAUCUAGUCGUAAUGACGUCAUAGCAGUCGUACGAUUGGCUACAAUUUGAAACUAAUUUGGCCUUUACUCCAAAAUAGAGGCUUACAAUCUUACAAAAUGGUUAUAUUAGUAUUCUUUCUAGUGAUUUUAACCUCAAAUAAAAUGAUAUGUUCCAUUCACAUUUUCAGGAAAUGAGCAAAAUGCGAUUUGUUCCAAAAUCGGGUCGCGAACAGUCAUAAGGUGUGCGGUGGCCUUAAGGCAUAUUUUAUUUUCAGUUUUUCAAAGGAAAGAUAUAUAUAUCUACAGAGAAUGUGUAUGGCAUGUAUGUGUUUACACAUGUAUGGCUUGGCCUUGCAUGAUUUAACAUUGAGAAAAACAAGUUUGAAGGUUGCCACCCUGUGCAUCAUAGUAAGGGUAGCAAACUUCUGAAUGGUUCGUUUUUAACACUGAAAUCAGCUACACGUAUUUAUUUAAUUGUUCAUAAAACGAGAAUUAAUGUCUCUUGAUAAACAAUAUGAAUGAUAUUCUCUCAGAAAAAGUCAGGAAGGAUUAAUUUUCUAUUUUUGUGACAUUGUUCUCAUAUGAUAUCAUUUUGUGUGCUGUUUUUGCUUUUAAAGCAGAUAAGAUACUGUAUGAAUGCCUUGGUAUGUGAAUUGAACAGAUUGAAAAAGGAAUUUAACAUUAAUGAUAAAAAGUAUGAAAUAUCCAUGUAUUUUAAGAACCUGUCAUUUGAUUGCCCCGUUUACUAUAACAACAAGGUAAUGCAUUGAUUCAUUGGAAACUGGGCACUGUUUCAUAAAUUUGUCAUCACCGACAAGUUUUCAUUCAAUGACAGUUGCCAUAGUGCAGCGCUCAUCAGCCAGUCAUAACCGAGGACGUCACUGGUAUUGUCAGCGAGUGACUUCGUCAUUGAUCACAAUUUAGUGAAAGUUUCCCCCUUGGUCUAGCUUCUACUGGAAGUCAUGUCCAUCACAUAACAAGGGAAACGAUGUUGUCCAGACCACCCAAUGGCUUAUCAUCAUGCCAUGUCUGAUUGAUUCUUAUUAGAGUCACAUGUUCCCCAUUGGCCAAUCAGGAUUGAGCUUUCGAUUUUGAAGACUCAAUUGUAAUUUGUUAUUGGGAAGCAUAUGAUUUUUGUAAUGAGAAUAAAAAAGCCACAACUUCAAGUCGCUCGUAACUCUAGAAAUUAAUUGCAAGAACUGAAUGCAUUAUUGUAAUUGGUUGAAAAUCGAGUUGCAUGUGACUUUUAGAGUUGCAUUUGAUUGUAAUAUUCUACAUUAAGCCAAUUGCAUGAAGUUUUGCAAUUGAAUGGAACUUAUAGGAUGAUAUUCACAUCCCAAAUGCACUAGGCCUGAUCAAUUGAAAGGAAUCAAUCACAUCUGUGAGAUUAGUCGCAUGUCUAUAUUUAAGAUGUAUGAUCAAUCCUUGGAUUUCGUGAAAUCAUCUUUCAUGUGUGCUACGCCUGUGCUAUGAGAGUAUGCAAUGCAAGGGCCUAAGAUUCAUGAAAAUUGUAUCAAUUCAUAUUUUCUUUUAUGAAUCAUACAAAGACUUGGCAAUAAUUAAUGAGAGGAACAUCAUCUUUAAAAGAUGAAGGAAUUUGGUGACAUUAAUUUGGAAGGACCUUAUUCAAUGAAUUCACAAGAUCAAAGCAGCAUGGGUCUGCUUAUAUAUAGAUACACAAGUUGUAAGGGUACCAGUAUAUUCAUGUAUGAUUAUAUGUACUGUAUAUACCUGUAACUUUUGACAUUUUUAUAACAAUCUGUGAAUUAAAUUAUCAAGAGGAGAUUGACUAUUCAAAUUCGAUACAUUCAAGUAAUUUCUAUUUAUUCAUUUUAAUAGUCAGCUUUACAAAAUUAACAAUGUCUAGUGCAUAAAUAUAUGAUGAAUUUGCUUGUGUUAAUAUAAGAGGCUACAUUUUUCAAACCUUAGUAUUCAAGAUGAUAUUCUUUGCUAGUACUAUUCCAGCUAUUUAUGAAAUAUUUGUUGCUAAAGUUAUUGCACAGUGUAUUCCAACAUUUUCAUUUUGUGUGCUGUUUUUUAUUUUGUUUUUGUUGUUAAACGGAUGGUCCGGGCUGAAAGUAUUUAUAUCUAGAUAAAUAGAGUAGAAUUCACUGAGCAAAAUUCCGAAAAUUUCAUAAAAAUCGGAUAACAAAUAACAAAGUUAUUGAAUUUUAAAGUUUAGCAAUAUUUUGUGGAAACAGUCGUCAUGAAUAUUCAUUAGGUGGGCUGAUGAUAUGUCACAUCUCCACUUGUUCUUUUGUAUUUUUUUUUAAAUGAAAUUAGGUUUAUUCAAAUUUUUUCCUCCAAGAACUAGAAAAAUUGGAUUGGCAACUGAUUUAGUGCAUUAGAUAUUUAUUGCUGCAACUUAUUUCAUUAUAAGGGAGACAUAUUAUUCACACAAGUAUGAAAUAAUGAAAAAAGUAUUAUUUUAUGUAAUAACAUAAGAAAACGGAAAGUGGAGAUGUGACAUCAUCAGCCCACCUAAUGAAUAUUAAUGAUGACUGUUUUCACAAAAUAUUGCGAAACUUUAAACUUCAAUAAUUUUAUUAUUUGUUAUCUGAUUUUGAUGAAAUUUUCGGCAUAUUGCUAAGUGAAUUCUACUCUAUGUAUUAAGAUAUAAAUAUUUUUAGCCCGGACCAUCCCUUUAAGGCAGAAAGAAACAUUUUUUCACACCACAAAUGUUCAUAGAGCUCAUGAUUUAAUCGUUCAAGAACUAACUUGAAAUUCAACGAUUUCCUUCUUACCAUCGUGGGCUCAAGAAGAAAAAUAGGCUAUAUAUACCUACAAUUUAGUUUUUUUAUGUGGGAGUGAGAUUAUAAUCAAUGCUGUAUUCUCGUUUGUGAUUUUAUAUGUAUGUUUUUAAAACUCCUAUGUUUUUUAUCUCUACCACCCCCCCCCCCCCCCCUCCGAGAAAUUUCAUGUACAGGGUGUAUGUGAUUUAUUAUGGCAUUGGCAAAAUAUUCGCAAAUUUGUGGGGUGAUUCACAAAUAUUUGAGUCCGACUUAAAGCCAUGCUCAAUCACAAUGUGCACACGAUAUUCGACGCAUGAUCUCAUUUGAUGAUUAUGGAGUUUGCUGGUCUUCACAGCCCUCAGUGAUUUGACCAAUGCGAUAUUGUGUUAUAAACCGCAUGAAACUUUGAAUAGUGUGAUUUUUAGUCAUUCUGAAAUCUUUGUGAAACACCCCUCCUGGGCACUGUAUAAGCCAGUUCGUAGUUCCUUUCUGCGCAUGAUCAAAAGAUUCUACGCAUGAUCAAAGGAAGGUCAUUUGUACUAAAGUGACAUGGUGGUUUAAAAUCUAAUGAGAUAAGCACCAACUUUGAUGUUUUGAUUAUUCAUUUAUUCUUUUGAAUUGUGGUUUUCAUUUACAUCCACAAAAAACAACGCGUCAACGAACGACUGGUUUUCACAGUUUGCCAUGUACAUUGUGCAACAUGCUAUGAUAUGCAUUCAAAGUAGGAAUGCAACAAAUACCUUCAUAAAGUGUUCAUUGGUGUGCUAUGCUAGUCACCUGGUCUAUUCAAUUUCUUCAUCCUGCUAUGUAAGGCAAGCUUACGUAAUAUUUUGCUUUGAAAUCUGCCUAUCAUAAUGAAAGAAAUGAAAGGUAAUUUGACCGAAAAUUGUCCAUGAGUAACUACGAACUGGUCUAUUAUGAAGCUUGUCAGGACUAACAAAGAGUUGCAAUUUUCUGACUAUUGCCAUAGAAAACGAUGCUUCGUAGUCAAUAAAAAAAAAUCAAUUACUUUACUGAAAUUAUCAGAACUUACAAUUUGGUAAGUGCUGAUGACUUCAUGAGACAGUGACAUGUGCUAAAAAGAAAGAAAAAAUACAUAUGAUAAGUGCUUUUAGUGUAAAUAUGUUAUUUUGCAGGCAGCUAGAAAUUGUGUUCAAGAUAUUUUUAUGUGUGUAUUUCAUUUUAUAGCAGCUUAAGCACUUCUAUAUAUGAAAAGGGGGAGAUUUUAUGUAAGUUAUUUGCAUCAGUGUAAGUUUUAUGUUGAAUUAUGUUUGUUUGUUAAAUUAAGAAGCAAAUUUGAAAAUAUGAUGAUUAAUAACCGUGAUCCACAAUAUCUUUGACAUGACACUUGAAACUUCAGAGAAUAUAAUCUGAUGUAAUUAUAUGUACAAGGCCUUCCCUGUAGCUGAAAGGGGGGAGGGGGUGUUCACAAGUGAAGCAUCGUAUCAGUGGUUUGCACUAAGUGAUACAUGUUAUAAGCUGCUGAAAUCCUUGCUUCCAAUUGGCUAAUAGUAGAUUUGUUUGUAAAUUUGCCAAUAAGACCCUCUUUAUGAAACACUUCAGUAUUCUUGCAUGCACCGUGCUCGCAACCUGAGGGGCGUUUCAUGAAAGGACUUGUCGGACGUUUUAUCCGACAAGUCCCAUUUUAUCCGACAGUUACUAUAGUAACAGUACCUCUCAGCCAAUCAACAUCAGAGAAAGAUGUCAGAUCUGACAACUUGUCGGAUGAAAAUGUUGAUGAAACACUCCCCAGAGCUAUAUUUUAAAUGUCUCCAAACGUAAAUCUCAGCAAAGAGAGCCGAGAAUGAAAGGAGUAUAUUAUGGUAAGAACAACUAAUACAAUUAACCUGUUGCCUACUGAAUUCUAAACUUCCCAUAGACUUUGUACAAAGAGCACUAGAUCCCAGUAGACAAACGGUUUACAAAUUAUACAAGUAACUUGUUUAAGACCGAUAAACAAGUUACAAGAACUACAGAAAUCCCUCUUUUAGGAGAAAUUCAAAUAAAGAAGGGGUAUAUGACACAUUUUAAGCAUAAUCUGCUUUAAAAAAAUGAUUUGACUUUGGCAAAUAUUCAACUGACAUGGUGGGAGGUACAUGUAGACCUGUGCAAGUUUGACUGUAUUGGUAAAUAUUAAAAUCUUGUGGAUUUCACUGGUAUACUGGGGUUAAUUUCACAAUUCAUUAUUAAUGAAACCCCUCUGAAAACUAAAAAAUGCUGUCAAGUUUUUUUUUUUGUCCUGCUGGUAUACAUAUGCACUUAUAGUCCUCCAAAAUGUUGUGCCAUCAUUUUACAUAGUGGGUAUGGAUUUAUGUGUAAUUCUGUCAUCUAAAUUAAUUAUUUUUCAAAAACGUUUUCUUAAUGAAUAAAAUACCUUAUUGUCUUUAAUUUGUUUUUUUUAAAUGGAGCAUCAUUUGUAAGCCUAGAAGUUUCAUUUCACAUUUUUGUGCAUUUUAUGUUUUGAGGGAAUUUGUUCUGACAUUACCGUUUCCUUCUUCAUUUUAAAAGAUGUUGUUGCAUGUGUCUGAAUUACAUUUGUAGAUAUUUCUCCUUUUUGUGGAUGUAUUAGGCUUGCAGAAAAGGCAGAAAAUGGGGAUAAACAUUGAAGAUGAUUUUUAAAAAGGUAGUUUGAUGAAAUAAAUGCUUAUGAGUGAAAAUCUGAAUGAAAAGGGGUGUAUAUUCUCUUUAAGAUAAGUGAUAUAUUAUUUUAAUGUUUAUGGCGGUAAAGAAAGGAAAUGUUUUCCUCCAAGAUUAUUAUGGUGGUAAGUUUUAUUCUGCUCCAGAUCUGGGUCCCGUAACACAAAGGUCAGCGAUUAAUCGUACGCUUGAUUUUCACCAUUGAUUGUACAUUGUAGUCAAUGCAAUCGUAGAUAAAUGUUCUACGAUCAUUGCUAAAGCUGUGUGUUAUGGUCCCCUGUAGAGGGUUGGUUAAAAUGAUUUUUGUUUUUCUCGAAAGUUUACUAAAAGAAGUCAAAGUUAGUUGUGUGCCCAGUGCUGUAUCAUAUGGAACUAUUGCAAAAAGAAGAAAUGUAUAAAAUGUCCCAAAUCCUUCGCAUUAUGCCAUGUAUAUCAAAUAAAUUCUCAUGCCUUUCAUUUGCUCUGUCUGAGGUAAUGCUGACAUCACAACAGAAUUAUAUAUAUACUAGCCACUGGCCAGGAAACAUCUUGUCUUGUCACAUGUAUAAGAAAAUCCUAUAUUUGCUUUAUAGUGAACAUUGUCACAGGCCUAGCCUAACAUAGCAGCAAAGUAUAACUAAAUAAGGAAGAAUGGUUGAUUAAUCAUUUACUAUAGGUGUUUUAUAUGACUAAAACAAGUGAUAAUAUAUUUUCUUAUAAUAUAUUACACUGUUUUGUUGGAAAUGGUCUUUGGAUAUAUGGUCUACUUGCAAUAAUUGGUUUAAGGUAUAUGAUUCUUAUUGUACGCUCACACUUGAUGUUUCACAUGCAUUCACUGUUCCCUGUAUAUAUUAAACAUACAUUUGCACUGCUGUCAAAUUUUUUGAGAUGUGAAAAAUAAAGAAUAUAUAUUUAAUGGUA